AUGAAAAGAGUGACAAAGAAGGUUGGAAAAUAUGAGAUUGGUAGAACCAUUGGUGAAGGUACAUUUGCAAAGGUUAAAUUUGCAAAAAAUACAGAGACUGGUGAGGCAGUUGCCAUUAAAGUUCUUGCUAAAAGCACAAUACUCAAGCACAAAAUGGUGGAUCAGAUUAAAAGAGAGAUCUCAAUAACAAAGAUGAUGAGGCAUCCUAAUAUUGUGAGACUCCAUGAGGUUUUAUCAAGCCACACAAAGAUAUACAUAAUACUGGAAUUCAUCAAUGGAGGAGAGCUUUUUGAUAGAAUUGUGCACAAAGGAAAGCUUUCUGAGAAGGAAGCUAGAGAGUACUUUCAACAGCUUAUUGAUGCUGUUUCAUAUUGCCAUGAAAAGGGUGUGUAUCAUAGAGAUUUAAAGCCUGAAAAUCUUCUUCUUGAUUCUGAAGGAAAGCUGAAGGUUUCUGAUUUUGGACUCAGUGCAUUACCACAACAAGGUGUUGAACUUCUUUAUACCACUUGUGGAACCCCAAAUUACAUUGCACCUGAGGUUUUAAAUAACAAAGGCUAUGAUGGUGCUGCUGCUGAUAUCUGGUCAUGUGGAGUCAUUCUUUAUGUCAUUUUGGCUGGAUACCUUCCAUUUGAGGAAUCAGACUUGCCAACUUUGUAUAAAAAGGUUAAUGCUGCUGAGGUUUCAUAUCCUUUUUGGUUCCCAGAUAAUGCAAAGUCAUUAAUAAAUAGGAUACUGGAUCCAAACCCUAAAACUCGAAUUGGGAUUGAUGGGGUAAAGAAACACCCAUGGUUCCAAAUAAACUACACAUCUAUCAGCCAUGGAGAAGACAUUGAUGUCAGUUUAGACGAUGUUCAUGCAGUUUUUAAUGGGAUAGAGGAUCAAUACGUAACUGAAAAAUCCGAAGAAAAAACCGGCCCUUUACUAAUGAACGCGUUUGAAAUGAUCACUCUGUCUCAAGGCCUAAACCUGUCUGCCUUGUUUGACAGACAUCAGGAUCGUGUAAAGAGACAAACUCGAUUUGUGUCACGUAAGCCAGCAAAAGAUAUAAUUUCAACAAUUGAAGUGGUUGCGGAAUUAUUGGGUUUCAAGGUCCAAACACAUGGCUACAAGAUGCGUCUCGAAGGAGCUUGUGUGAAUCGAGUGGGGCAAUUUGCGGUUGUUUUAGAGGUAUUUGAAGUUGCAGCAUCUCUUUUUAUGGUGGAUGUGCGAAAAGCUGCUGGAGAUACUCUUGAAUACCAUAAGUUUUACAAGAACUUUUGUAACAAACUGGACCACAUUAUUUGGAAACCAAAAGAAGGUAUGGAGAAUUCUUUACUUAGGACUAUGACUUGUUAAGUCAAAAAUCUUCCAUUUUCCUUUAUAUUAAGUCGAGAAAAUGGAAAAAGAAAAAAAAAAAAAAAAAAAAAA